UGUAACCUCUGGGUCACCCCCCUGGGUGGCGGGGCCCAAGCGCUCUGGCUGUCAUCCACUUCCUUCGCAGCAGAAUCUGCUGCCUCUGGAAUUUGGCAAUCCUGGUCCCUUCUCCCUGCCUUUUCUCCUGUUGGCUGUGCCAUCUCACCCGCUCGGGGUGCCCCAGGCCUUCUGGGUACGCCCCAGGACCCGUGGAACUGGCCACGCCCAUUCUCCCCACGUGAGUGUGACAGCACCUGGUGCUUCCCCUCCCGACUGCAGAUCCCUAAGGACGUGGCUGACACCCGACUGCAGGUCCCUAAGGACGUGGCUGACAUCUUCAACGCCCCCAGUGACGACGAGGAGUUCCUGGGCUUCCCAGACGAGCUUCCCAUGGAAAGCCUCUCAGCAGAGGGGAGCUGCGACAGCUUGGACUCGCUGGAGCCCCGGACACAGGAUGUGCGGUUCCGCUCCCAGUACUUCACGGAAGAGCUGAGAAGGAUUUUUGUUGAGGACACCGACUCGGAGGAUUUUGAGGGCUUCACGCAGAGUGACAUGAGCGGGAGCAGCAGCAUAGAGCUGGGGGCCUCGGAUGUGAGUGAGGACAGCACAGCGUCUGUGUUGAGUGAGGAGGAGGAGGUCUCCCGGCAUAGGCGCAGGUCUGGGAGAAAUAGCGUUGGCCUCCGAGUGGCCUUCCAGUUCCCCACCAAGAAGCUGGGCAGGCAGCCCGACGGCAACCCCUCGUGCCCCAGCCCCCGCCUGCAGGACAAGCAGCUGGCGGCUCACAGGCAGGGCAGGGAUGGGAAGGAAGACAUGGCCUCAGAGUCCGAGGACGAUGGUGACGACGACGAUGGCGGGGGAGACGAGAGCCAGGAGGCUUCAGAUGCACUGCGCAAGAGGAACCUGAACAUCAAGGAGAACAAGGCCGUGCUGGCUCGCUUAUUGGCAGAACUGGACUCGAUGCCAGAUUUCUUCCCGGUUCGGAGCCCAGCUUCGGCCUCUAAAAAGAAGCCGCCGGCGAGGCGUGCGUUGUCUGCUGGACAGCUUCCCAGGCGCACGAACCCCACCCGCAGCGCGCGGCCCCCGGAGCGCUUUGCCCUGGAGAACUUCACAGCCUCCGCCGCCAAGUUUGCAGAAGAGUUUCACAAUUUCAGGAGGAGGAAGACCGGCAGGUGCCGGGGGUACAGGCAGCGGCACCGUGCAUCCUCUUUCCGGGCCGUGGAGGACAUAACCGAAGAGGACUUGGAGAACGUGGCCAUCACCGUUCGUGACAAAAUCUAUGACAAAGUGUUGGGCAACACUUGCCAUCAGUGCCGGCAGAAGACCAUCGACACGAAGACGGUGUGUCGCAACCAGGGCUGCGGCGGCGUGCGGGGCCAGUUCUGCGGGCCCUGCCUGAGGAACCGCUACGGCGAGGACGUGCGAUCGGCGCUGCUUGACCCGGACUGGAUGUGCCCUCCCUGCCGCGGGAUCUGUAACUGUAGUUACUGUCGGAGGCGUGACGGCCGCUGUGCCACGGGCAUCCUCAUUCACUUGGCCAAGUUCUACGGCUACAACAACGUGAAGGAGUAUCUCGAGAGCUUACAGAAGCAGCUGGUAGAGGACAGUUAAGAGAACUGAGCUCCAGCCACACGUCGGCAAGCACUCCAGGAGCCACGCGUACUGUUUGUGCCUCUGACUUUGGGCAGUGGUGUUUUUAUACAGAAAUUCUUUGUCCAGUUCACUGUUCCUAAAGACUUUUUGUUUUUGAAAGAGGUUUAUUGCUAGGCAUACACCAAGAGUUCUCAGGAAGCUAGCAAGGCAGAGGAGUCUACACAUACAUAGAUUACGCACACGCAUGCGCAGAUGGGCCUGUGAAAUGAGAAAGCAGUGUGAACCAAGUGGAGGUCAUGUUCAGGUAAGUUCCUGACAGGACUGGGUAGCCACAGUGCUUGCCUUGCCAACUGCUUUGGUAAUGGACGUGGCUUUGGUCUUCCCAAGCAGGUGACCUUCCAGGUCAGGUGUCCCCUGCUGUUCAGAUACCCUGCAGGCUUUUGUUUUGCUCUCUUACGUUCCUGAGCCCCUAAGUGCAAUCAGCCACAGAACAUUUUGACUGUGCCACUGUGGGCCGUCAUAUCCUGCUGCUUCAGUGUUUGGAAAGAGCUUAAGGGAUCAUUUCUAAUUGUAAGAGUUUCUCUUUAGUAUAUUAAGAACAAAAGUGCCCCCUUCCGCCUACCUGGUUUAUGUGUCCUGGAGGAGACACUGGAGCCGUUUGCAGACUCCCUGGGGAAGCCCCCGUCCCCACACACAGAUGGGGGGGGGUGGCGGGCCUGGUGUUCCCUGCCCUUGCUUCUGUGUCUCUCCCCGACAUUUUAAGAAGCGAACACACAUGUCCAUCCUCAGGAAGAGCCUUGUAGAGCUACCCACGUAGCACCCACGCACACGCCUUGGUUAACACUACGGGAGAGCCUCCCUAAGGGUCGUGCGCCCCAGUCCCAGCCGUCCUAGGCCUCCAGCAGCAGAGCCACACCAGCCAGCACCCACCGCGCUGUCUCCCCAGGGCUCUUCAGCCUGAAGGUGCACACGUAGGUGGGUCCCCUCACUUUGGUUCUGUACACUGGGCACUCGUAGGUGUGUUUGGUUUCUUGCCUGUCCAUGGGCACAGCCUUGGCGAAGAUGACCGGCAUGGCAGACGUCAGCUCCUUGAGGCGGGCUCCCACGAUGGUCCCUGUCUGCGUGUCCCAUCUGGCUCCUAGGGCGCAAACACAAUGGCUGUAACCAUGGGAUGUGGAGGCAUUGAUGAUGUCAUCAUUGGUUGCAAUAAAUGUUGCUGUUUUGUUA